CAAAUCAACAUUAAGAGCUGCAAGUAACAUGGCAGCUGCUGAGGAAAUGGUCUUACACUUGGAAGAGACAGAUGAAAAUUUUCACAGAUAUGAGCUUGUGAAAUACAUACGUGGUCGAAUAGAAGAGGUGUUAGGACCUUUGAUUGAAGAGGAAAUUGAGCGUCGAUCUGUUGGUGUUCAGAGCAAGGGAAGAGAAGAAGUUAUAGUACAAACAAUUACUGAUCAUGUCAUCAAUGACCAGGCGUGUUUGGACCUGCUGCAAUCUCUGAAGCAUGGCACCAAGGAUGCUGUAGAGAGACUUGUUAAGAUGUUUGAUGAAGAACAUCGUCCAGUUCAAAGUAGUAUGUUUGGUAAUAUGGCAGGGAUGUAUGGGCAAGCAUCAAGCCAAAAGAGAAGCAGCUUCUGCCUGAGUGAUGACAGCUCAUCAUUAGAUUCCUCAUUUAAUCAGGAUUCGUUUACCUUCAUGAAUCAAGAACAUUUUGCCUCUAUAGCUGAACAGUUGGCGCCUGACAAGCCUCUUGAGAUGAGACGUGAGACUCUGACUGGUUUAUGUAAGCUACCACCAUCUGACAUUUUAGCCUGUGAGCAUUGGGAUAGUCUCCGUCUGGUCUACUCUUAGCUUUAUCUGAUUCUGAUGAUGUCUUAUCUGAAACAAGUUUACAUUUUCAUGCCAAGAUGUUCUCCUCUAAUUCCCAUCAUGUGAUGAGGGAAGUAUACACAAGCUUAGUUGAGCAUCUUACUUCAGAGUUUACUUCUCAUAAAGCCAGGAGCAUCUUCAUACGAGAUGGUAUUGACACAGUACA